AUGAGUGCUGAUGGAAAGCAGCUGUACAGGGCGUGUGAUUCAUCAGAUCCACAAAAGGCGCUGCAGCUGGUGACCAGUUGGGACCAACAACGUAUUCGAGAUGCUGCCCAAUACAAAAAUGAUGGUUGGAAUGGCUAUACACCACUGCACUAUGCCUGCCGUAAGGGUGAUGUCAAGGUGGUGGAGAUGCUGUUGAAGCACGGUGCUGAUACUGAAGCCAAGAACAGGUUUGGCGAAACACCACUGCACGAGGCCUGCGGUAACGGUUAUGUCAAGGUGGUGGAGAUGCUGUUGAAGCACGGUGCUGAUGCUAAAGCCAAGAAAAACACCACGGCCUCUGUUGUGGUGGCGGUGGAUACUUGGCUUAGGCCCCUCUUGCCCACGCGCACCACCACCCAUCCCCUCCCUCACCUCGAUGCAUUUAUCAGCGGUGCCGCCAAACAAACCCCCAAUCUUGCAACGGUGGUUGCUUCAAUCCGCAAAACCAUCGAUGAAGCUCGACCAGAUUUUCCGGCCAUGGACUGGCCUGCCUUUCAGGCGACCACCACCCAGGCUCUCAACGCACUCGACCAGGCACUGGAGGCGCCCGAAGCGUUGAACAACCGCUUGGGUCAAUUGGACCCCAACACUGACAACCUAGAAACAGUGCUGCAAGAGCUGCAUGAUGUCACUGCUGGGUUUGAGCUGCAGCCGGUGCUUCUGGAGCUUCAGACCGUGCUGGCAGCAUGCCCAGCUCCACCCACCACGCCAGUGAACGCGCCCAAGACACCACCUGCCGACCUAGCGGCGGCCCUGAGCAAAGUCAUCGUUCUGAGCGGCGUGGAACCCAAGCGUCAGGAGCUGCUCACCAGCGCCAACAGCAACCUCAAGCGCCUCGUGCUGGCCUUGAUUGAUGCCCUGGGCGCCGUGGCAAAAGCGGGAACCACCGACACAAUUCAUCGCGUGGACACACUAGAGCAAUGUGCGCAAUGCGUGGAUGUAAGUGCACCGCCGCCAGCCGAGGCAUUGCCCGAGGCCUGGGAGGAGCUGUGCCAAGCCCACGAAAAGCUGAGCUUGCCCGAGCAGAACGGCCUGGAGCAGCUGAUAACAUGGAGAGUCGAGCACGACUAUGAGCAUCAAGAUUGGUAUCUGGCGUUUGCGCUUCACGAGGCGCAAGCCCUGGUGCAGCAGUUGCAAGACAUGAUCGACUGGCAAGCCACGACGCUGUCCGUGCUGACUUCGUGCGAAGAGUAUGCAAGCGGCAUCACGCAGAGCAGCGCAGAUCAAGUAGUAUCCAUUCAUGAGGAGGUGGCCAAGCUGCAGAAGAACAUCCAGACAACCAUGGCAUUCUUGCCCUUGGCUCCAGAUGAGAUGCGAGCUGGCCUCGAGGCUCGAUUGCAAACUAUGAAGGAGCGCUUGGUCAUUUUGCAGCAACAACUAUCGGAUCAAACACAGGUAGACCAGGUGGCGGCACUGGCAGAGCUGCUACACCAACACUUUCCAGCUCUUCUGGUCUUUUUGCACCCUGACCAGAGCGCGCUGGGAGCGCGGCUCCGCACAGUGCUUGGCCCCGACCUUCCAGCCAGUCUGAUCUUGGAGGCCAUGACCGAAGUAGACCAGGGUUUGACGCUCUCCAGCCUGGGCCAAGUGUCUCUCCAAUACAACCAGAAUCACAAGGUGUACAAAGCCCGCGCAGCACUGCCGAAUCUUCCUGAGCAAGAUUUGGCUGUCAAAGAGUAUGCACUUGCUGAGCAACACAAGCAGGAUCAGUGCCGGACAUUUCUCCGCGAACUGCGCGCCAUGCGCCAGCUUGAGCACCCACACAUCAUCCCAGUCCUUGGCGCGCUCGUGGACGUACACAGUGGGCACCCAAGUGCCUAUUUGGUGCAGCCAUGGUGUGCACAGGGGGAUCUGCAGCAGUGGCUCAGCAAGGCACGCCACAUGGCCACCUCGACCGUGAUUUCGAAUCUGAUGAAUCAGCUGCGCACGGCCCUGGCGUUUAUGCAUAGCAAGGGCUUGGUGCAUCGGGAUGUCAAGCUGAGCAACAUCAUGUUGGACGGUGCAGAGGACCAGCCUGUUGUGCGGCUCGGUGAUUUCGACAUUGCCAAGGCCGCCGCUGAAGCCACCAUGCUACCAUCUACGGCCACCGCAUCGUCGGGCACGGCGGGCUAUGUGGCACCCGAAGUGCUUUUUGGCCGGGGCCGAGUGGGGGCGCGUCCAGCACAAGAUGCCUUUUCCUUUGGCUGCGUGCUCUACAACACCUACAUGUACCCACAAACGGUGCCACCUGCUCAGUCACGAGCCGAUGAGGUUGUGGGUCAUUGCAGAUGGAAUUUCCAAGCGGGAGAUGGUGCCUUUAGCUUUCCUCAUUUGGCGGCCGAGAUGUGCGACAUAGUGGGCGAUCUGUACAAGGAAACGCGAGCCUUGCUGGCAGCAGAUCCAAAGCAACGGCCAAGCCUUUUCAGCGCCGGGCAAAUCGCAGAACGACCUGUCACGACCCAAGUUGUUGGGCCAGCCAUUGAUGUCUUGCGCGAUGCGCCCGAGCUCAUUUCAGAGGUGGGUGAGCUACUGCAGCAGCUGAACACCGAUGGGCGGGGACCAGCGAAUAUUGCAGUGCAACGGGUGGAGCGCGUGCACAACCCCGUGCUGUGGGAGCGCUACAGCGUCAAGCGACGCGAAAUGUUGCAUCGCAUCAAAAGUCAGGAGCACUAUGAUCAACUCCAAACGUCCACAUUAAAUGCACCCUCGGGCUCUCCAGCUCUGCUUUGCGAUGCAUCCUGUCAAGAGCGUCUGUUGCUCCACGGCAUCGCCCCUGACACAAUGUUGCGCGACAAGAUUGUGCGCCUGGGCCUUGACUAUCGCUUUGCCGGCAGCAGCGCUGGCCACCGAUUCGGUCUUGGUGUUUACUUGGCCGACCAUCCCGGCAAGAGUCACCGGUACAGCAAUACUGGAUCCAACGGCGAACGAAUGCUUGUCAUCGCGCGAGCCCUGCUGGGUCAUGCCUUUGUCCAUCCAUCACCUCCUUCUGGGGCGCUGGCGCCACCGCUCCUGCCCGCUGCGCCCAACAACGAGCGGUAUGACUCGGUCGUCGCGACACCCUCUGGGGAAUUCCACGAGGUGGUGGUGUUUAAGAAUGCCCAAAUGUAUCCCGAGCUGGUUGUAUACUACACGGCCAAUUAG